AUGGUGAAGCUACUGCCGGCCCAGGAGGCAGCCAAGAUCUACCACACCAACUACGUGCGCAACGCGCGCGCCGUGGGCGUGAUGUGGGGCACGCUCACCAUCUGCUUCUCGGUGCUGGUCAUGGCCCUGUUCAUCCAGCCCUACUGGAUCGGAGACAGCGUCAGCACACCGCAGGCAGGCUACUUCGGACUCUUCUCCUACUGCGUGGGCAACGUGCUGUCCUCCGAGCUCAUCUGCAAGGGAGGCCCGCUGGAUUUCUCCUCCAUCCCCUCCAGAGCCUUCAAGACCGCCAUGUUCUUUGUGGCCUUGGCCAUGUUCCUCAUCAUUGGCUCUAUCAUCUGCUUCAGCUUGUUCUUCGUCUGCAACACGGCCACUGUGUACAAAAUCUGCGCGUGGAUGCAGCUGGCUGCGGCCACGGGCCUGAUGAUUGGCUGUCUGGUCUACCCCGACGGCUGGGACUCCAGCGAGGUGCGGCGCAUGUGUGGAGAACAGACGGGCAAGUACACGCUGGGCCACUGCACCAUCCGCUGGGCCUUCAUGCUGGCCAUCCUCAGUAUCGGCGACGCCCUCAUCCUCUCCUUCCUGGCGUUCGUGCUGGGCUACCGGCAGGACAAGCUCCUCCCCGACGACUACAAGGCAGAUGGGAAAGAGGAAGUGUGAAGCCGCUGGAGCUGGAGGGCGGU